AUACGCCAAAGAGAAACACUAAAAAAGAAGAGAGAUUUUGAGUUUCAGAGAUGGAGAAACAGAGCAAUACACAAAAAACUUCUUGGACAAAAGGGAAGUUCAUAGGAAGAGGCUCCUUUGGUACCGUAAGCUUGGCAAUCAACGAAACCAACGGCGACGUUUUCGCUGUCAAGUCCGUCGAUUUAGCAACGUCUCUUCCCAACCAGUUGGAGUGUUUAGAGAACGAAAUUAGGACCCUCCAUUCACUCUCCUCCCCUUACGUGGUUAAGUAUCUCGGCGAUGACGUUACUCCGGCGGAUUCUUCCCGGAAUCUUCACUUGGAGUACAUGUCAGGCGGCACCGUUUCUGACGAGGCGAAUGUUAAACGCCGGUUGGCUGACGUGGACGAAAGGGUCCUGCGGUGGCACACGCGCUGCUUGGUUUCGGCUUUGAAGUACUUGCACGGUGAAGGCAUUGUGCACUGUGACGUGAAAGGGAUAAAUGUUUUGCUGGACUCGGAUUCCACUUCCGUAAAGCUCGCGGAUUUCGGCUCCGCGAUUGCGAUUAAAAAGGAAAGCGCGGGAGACAUUCCUAUUCAUCCGAUCAAGCCACGUGGAAGCCCUCUAUGGAUGGCGCCCGAGGUAAUUCGCGGAGAGUAUCAAGGGCCGGAGAGUGAUGUUUGGUCCUUGGGAUGCACCGUCGUCGAGAUGAUCACAGGGAAGCCAGCUUGGGGAGAUCAGGGUUUCGACUCGCUAUGUCGAAUUGCUAACUCGGAUGAAUUGCCCGAGUUACCGACUCAGCUAUCUGAUCUCGGCAAGGAUUUCGUGGAGAGGUGUUUGAGAAGGGACCCAAAUCGAAGGUGGAACUGCGAUCAGCUGCUGCAGCAUCCAUUCGUAGCGUCGGCUUCGCCGCCCAAAACGAUCGGCGAAUCAUCUCCGCGUUGCGUGAUCGAUUUCCCGAGUUCUGAUUUCGACGAAAAACCGGCGAGUUUGGAAUGGUCGGCGAGGGAGAGGAUUGGUAAAUUGGCAGGGGAAGGAGGGGUAAUUUGGGAAUCGGAUGGCUGGGCGACGGUGAGGAGUUACUCUAUUGAAUCACGUGUGAAUUGCGAGGAAGGGACAAGUGAGGAAUAUCCGGAGUGGAUGAGGACGAGUUUGGAAAUGUCCAAUUGUUUCGAGACCGGUAUUAGCAAUAGCGGCAACUCGGUGGACCGGCAGUGCGGCGACAUCGAGUGUGUGGAAGGGGUAAAAUCGUCAUUUGAGGAUCUACGGUGCAGGUGGUUGGCUGAAUCGAGCUGCAGGUAUGGGUUUGCGGUGAAGGGGAGGUUGAGAUUCAACAGAUUCUGUAAUUUAUUACAUUUAAUAUUAUUGGACUUAUUUUAUUAUUUACUCAAAGUUUUGAAAGCCAAAUCGACCAUUCUUUUUGAAACGGAAAAAGGGAAAUUCAUGAUUUAGCAGUCA